UCUCUCUCUCUCUAAUCUGAGACUCUUUCUUUUUCUUCUUCUUCUUCUUCUUCUUCCUCUUCUGAGUUUAACAAACAACAACAAUGGGGAAAGGUGGAUCUGUAAGCGAUGGAGUAAUGAAGAAGAUCUUAUUAUCCUACACAUACGUAGCGAUAUGGAUCUUCUUAUCAUUCACUGUUAUCGUUUACAACAAAUACAUCUUAGACAAAAAGAUGUACAAUUGGCCAUUCCCAAUUUCCCUAACAAUGAUCCACAUGUCUUUCUGUGCAACCCUAGCUAUUCUUCUCGUUCGUGUCUUCAAAUUCGUUGAACCCGUUUCAAUGUCUCGCGAAGUUUAUUUCUCUUCCGUUGUUCCAAUCGGAGCACUCUAUUCUCUUUCUCUCUGGUUAUCAAAUUCCGCUUACAUUUAUCUCUCUGUUUCUUUUAUUCAAAUGCUUAAAGCUCUUAUGCCUGUCGCUGUUUAUUCCAUCGGCGUUGGUCUCAGAAAAGAAUCUUAUAAAAAUGAUACCAUGUUUAACAUGCUUUCCAUUUCAAUGGGUGUUGCUGUUGCUGCUUAUGGUGAAGCUAGAUUUGAUACAUGGGGGGUUAUUUUACAGCUUGGUGCUGUUGCUUUCGAAGCUACCAGAUUGGUUAUGAUUCAAAUCUUGCUUACAUCCAAAGGGAUUUCAUUGAAUCCAAUUACGUCCUUGUAUUAUGUUGCACCUUGUUGUUUGGUUUUCUUGUCUGUUCCUUGGAUCCUUGUGGAAUAUCCAAUUUUGAAAGAGAAUUCAAGUUUUCAUUUUGAUUUUGUCAUUUUUGGGACUAAUUCUUUGUGUGCAUUUGCUUUGAAUCUUGCUGUUUUUCUUCUUGUUGGGAAAACAUCUGCUUUGACAAUGAAUGUUGCUGGUGUUGUUAAAGAUUGGCUUUUGAUUGCUUUUUCAUGGAGUGUGAUUAAGGAUACUGUUACACCCAUUAAUUUGUUUGGGUAUGGUCUUGCUUUCUUGGGUGUGGCUUAUUAUAAUCAUUCAAAGUUGCAGGCACUUAAGGCUAAAGAAGCACAGAAGAAGGUUACACAAGCUGAUGAAGAAACUGGAAGGUUGCUUGAGGAUAGAGAAGGUGAUGGAUCAGGGAAGAGAAAUGAUCAGCAGAAUUGAUUUUCAUUCAAUUGCAUUUACCUUUUAAUUCAAGAAUCUCAAAAAGAAAAGACAAAAAAGAUUAUGCAACAAAAGAAUAAGUUAUUAUAAGGAAGAGGAUCAAUUGGUGUUUAGAUCUGAAGGUAGUAACAACAAGGAACUUGAAUCCUCUGAGAAAAUAGCCAAGAUUUGGUAUUUUUUUUUUGUUUUUUCCUAUAGUAUUAUUAGGGUUUGAGAUUUGCAUUUUGAUGCUGGUAGAGCCAAUAAUAUGUUAUUACUAGAGUGAAGUGUCUCAAAUCCUUUAUUUAUGAUUAAUUUUUUUUUUUUAAAUUUCCUUUUCCAGUGCUUAGUUUUAUGUUAUGUUGUUGGUAGGGACUAUCAGUAUUUUGAGUUUAAAUGCUUAUUUAUUCAUAGUACUAGUACAUGUCUAUUAUAUGUC